AUGCGCGCCCUCAUUGUCGCCGUCCUCAUCGCCGUGGCCAGCGGCUCCGGCAUCAGCUACGGCGGACCGGGCAGAGGCUAUGGCGCGGGGCCGAUCGGCGCUGCUGUGGUGAUCGGUAAAAGCCACGGCAGAGGCUACGGAGGCUACGGGCGAGGCUACGGCAGUCUCGGCUACGGCCACCUGGGCGUCGGCAAGGCUGAGGCUGCCGUGCGCCCCGCGCCUAUCGUGCACGGCGUUCAUAAGGCCGUCGCCGUCGACUACGCCGAGCCGCGGCCGUACCACUACCAGUACGCCGUCGACGACCCUCACUACGGACCCAUGUUCAACAAGCAGGAGGAGGCCGACGGUGCCGGUAACGUUGUGGGCUCGUACGCCGUCAACCUGCCCGACGGCCGCACCCAGAUCGUCAAGUACGUCGCCGACCACUACAACGGCUUCAACGCCGAGGUCAGCUACGAGGGCUACGCCCAUCACCCGCAGGUGGCUCGCGGCUACGGCUACGGCGGCGGGCGAGGCGGGUACGGCGGCGGGCGAGGCGGGUACGGCGGCGGCCGUAUCGUGGGUCUGGUGGGGGGCCACGGCGGGUACGGCGCCGGUCGUAUCGGGUACGGCCGGGGUCUGAUCGGCGGCCCCGGCCGUGUCCCCAUCUACGGACACUGA